UGUAUUGCGGGAUUGGAUAGACGGCUGUACUGCAUCGUAUUGUACUAUUACUGUAAGAUACCAUACCAAUCUACAUCAUUGUAAUGUCCAUGGACUGUUCGAUCAUCCCUGAACCCGUAUCCACUACGUCAACACCGCAUUCUCCAACGCUACAAACGCAGCAGACCCCGGCCGGUCGGUGUAUAAGCUCAAUCCACAUCACCUGCAUCAACUGCAUCUUGACCAUGUCCCAACUCCAUCCCCUGCCGCCCAUCGUUCCCCGCCACGCCUCCCGUACCCACGCCUUCUCCGCGCCACACCGUCAACGCAGCCACAACCAGCACCCACAAUCUGAGCGCCACAUCGUCACCCUUCACACCAUCAGACGCCUCCGCCCAGCCCUCCCGCAGUGUCUCAUUCACCCGGCCCUACGGAAUCUUCCUACCGGGCACCUUGAACGUCGUCGUCAAGAACGCCAGCAUCGUCAGCCUAACACGCUAUUGCACGGGGUCUUGCAACUGGGCAUCGAGAUGCAUAAGCCACGACUAAAGGGACGUCAGGAGCGCCUGGAAGCACGCGGCCUUGUGGCGUGCGCGGCGGAGCGCGUUGCGAUUGAUGCGGAGAGCGAGGUACUGGACGUCUUGAGCCACAUUCUUCAGCCUCGAUUCCCAGUCCUCGCGCGGCGGGUGGAGGUUUGCAAGCAGGGGCAGGUAGGGCGGUGGAAGGGAAGGCGUCCAGGAAACGCCGGGGUGCUUGAAGAAGGGGGGUUUUCCCGGAUGAGAGCGAGUACGCGAGGUCGAGGCGGUCGAGUUUAAAGUACAGUUUUGGGCGUGACAGGACGAAGGUGAGGUUGCGCUUCAGCUCUAUGAUUUUCUGGAGACCCUUGCUAUACUGAGUACGAAGUCACUCAAGU